AGACUCCCAGCAUUUGAAAUUGCUUAAUCUGUUGGGCUGGCAAAUACACCAGAGAGGAUAAUGGAUCCCCUAGUGGGUUGUUAUGCAGAGCUGAAGAUGAUACUCCUCUGCAGGAUGACAACAGACUAAGGAAUUCCUGGUUUUUACACCAAAAGAAGAAUUGUACGUGCGAUAUCCAUAGGAUUGGGCCUGAGAUGGGCUUGCACGAAUCUGAACCUUCUGAAAGGAUGCAGUUGUGCUGUGAAUUCAUCAAUGGCUCCUGCAUAAAGAACAGCUGGUCAAUGAGCAUUCGCAUUUCCAUGUACAUCUUCAUGCUGUGUGUGAUCCUGGCUACUGUGGCUGGCAAUCUGGCUGUUAUCAUCUCAGUAUCACAUUUCAAGCAGCUCCACACUCCUACAAAUUUCCUUUUACUCUCAAUGGCCACUGUCGAUCUCCUUCUAGGCUUCUGUGUCAUGCCGUACAGCAUGAUAAGAUCUGUUGAGAACUGCUGGUAUUUUGGAGAGUUCUUCUGCAAAAUCCACACCAGUGUUGACAUCAUGCUGAGCACUGCAUCCAUUUUCCAUCUUUCCUUUAUCUCAAUCGACCGUUACUAUGCGGUCUGUGACCCACUGCGAUACAAGACCAAGAUAAACACUUGUGCUAUAUUAAUCAUGAUUUUUAUCAGUUGGAUAUUCCCUGCCUUGUUUGGCUUUGGACUGGUCUUUUUGCAACUCAACUUAUUAGGAGCUGAAGAAACCUUCUACAAACUCAUUUAUUGUGUGGGAGGCUGUUUUGUCUUUUUCAAUGAAACUUCAGGUGUGGUUGCCUCCAUGAUCUCCUUCUACAUUCCUGGAUUUGUCAUGCUGUUUGUCUAUGGGAAGAUAUACACAAUAGCCAAAAGGCAAGCCAGAUCCAUUACAGCUGCUAUGAGCCAAAUGCAGAUAAGAUUUGACCUACAACAUCAUAUCUCCCACAGCAGAGAACGAAAAGCUGCAAAAACAUUAGGUAUAGUGGUUGGGGUUUUCCUCAUCUGCUGGUUCCCAUUCUUCUUCUGCACCAUCAUGAGUCCAUUUAUGAAUUAUACAAUCCCACCCAUCCUCAUUGAUGCAGUGGUUUGGUUUGGUUAUUUGAAUUCAACAUUUAACCCAAUUGUUUAUGCAUAUUUUUAUUUAUGGUUUCGAAGGGCCUUGAAAUUGAUUUUAUUGGGGAAAGUUUUCAAGCAGGACUCGUCUAGGACUCAAUUAUUUUUGGAGUAAACCAUACUGAAGGGGAGACUCAGUUCCUCAGAAUUUUGUUCUCCUCAAAGGUGAAGUUGAAAGAGCAGCUGGGAUGAUGCAGCUUUAGUGUAAUAUUAUACUCUCAGCUGUUAGUUGUGAGUUGGGAAGAAUCAGGUCAUUAAAUAAAAAAAUGAGAACAGCCAAAUAA